AUGCUUUUUAUAAUUGGUCGUAUCUUUCGACGGAUGAUGUCUUCUAUUCCUAUUAGUCAUUUUAUUACUUUACCUAAUCGGCCAAUUGUUCAAGAGAAUGGUAAGAUUAGUCAAGAGACACUUAAACUCCAUUAUUGGGAAUGGAAAGGUCAUCAACCGACAAUACUUAUUUGUCAUGGUCUUACAUUGCACGGUCGAUGUUAUGAUCGUAUUAUUAAUGAAGCAUUAUCUGGUUUCCAUGUUAUUUCUCUUGACUUUCGUGGUCAUGGUCAGUCACAAAAACAUCCUCUUCCAUAUCCCUUCCAAUGGUUUGCUGAAGAUGUUUUUCAUUUUAUCGAAAUGCUUAAUCAAUCUAAAAAUGAUCUUCUUGAUAUGAUAUCAAAAAUGGACAAACCUGAACGACUCGGUCAUUGGCCAAAAGAUGUUCUUCGCAAUUAUUGUACAUAUGCUCUUGAUGAGAAUUUUAAACUUCAAUGUACAUCUGAAUUAACAUGGCAUAUUUAUCUAGCAAGUAUGCAACCUGUCUCAAAUAUUUAUCAAAUUAUUAAAGAUUCAAGUUUUGUCCAUAAUAUUCCAAUUCAUGUUGUUCGAGCAUCAAAACCUGUAACGAGUAGUAAUAUUCCACUUCCACCAACGGCAGUUGAUCUUGCUAAAUGGUUCAAAAAAGGACGACAUACACAAUUACAAGAGGAAAAUCAUUCAUUUCCAAUGGAACAACCUGAAAUUGUGAUUAGUUUCAUUAAUUCAAAUCAUGUUCACCUAUUUGGUAAUCAGCAACAAUUAACUAUACCUGAUCAGCAUAAUCAAUUAAUAUCAAUUCCAUAUGUAGAACCUAUGUCUAUUAAUUAUCCAGAAUUACCCAUUGAUCAAGUUACUCUUCCACCACAUUCGCAAACAUUAGUGGAUAUUUCAUGUAAAAUUGAUAAUGAUAAUAAUCUUAUAUUUGAACCGUAUUCAAACAAUGCCCCAAAAUUUAUUUUUAUACCACAUACAUUAUUACACAUUAACAAUCAUAAGGCCAAAGUAUUAUUAAUCAAUGCACAAAAUCAACAAACAACAUUACCUAGGAAUACACGAAUCGGAGCUCUUUCUCGUCCAUCAACAUACACAAUAUGCUUUAGUACAUCAAGUUCCACAAAACAAAAUUUAUUUUUCAAUAAACAUAACCAAUCAAAAUCCCAAGUUUCAACUAAAUCAAAAUGUAGAGCUGUCAUCAAUAAAAAUGACAACUCGAAAGAAGAAAAAUUAGAUGUCAUUCGUGAUAAUUGUAAUGAAUAUUUCUUAUCUGAAAAUGCAAAAAAUCGUUCAAAAAUUCAAGAUGUAUUAUGGCACAAUAAAAUUUUAUUUGAUCCUACACCAUCCAUUAUUAACAUUCCACCACAAUCAGCAAUCAAGACAGAUGACCAUCCACCUAUUUACUCAAAACAAUAUUCUUCUUCUUCUUCAAAAGAUCAAGAUAUUAAAUUACAAGAAACACAAAAAUUAUUAGAAUGUGGUCAAAUUGAAGAAUCAACUUCUCCAUGGUCAUCACCCAUUGUUCUUGUUAAGAAAAAAAGACAAAACAAUGCGAUUUUGCAUUGA